AUGGGAAACACCACCUACAGGGCUUCUGUGGAGGCAUUCGGUGGAGAUGUCAGCCUUUGGUAUGCCAGCAACGUCUUCACUACAAGCCUGGCAUCCUUGAACUGGCUACCUGCUCCAACGGACAUUGUCGUACUUGACAAGACCAAUACAUCGUUGGAGAUUUCUUGGUCGGCGCCGAUUAUCCAUGAAGCCGGCCACAACGCCGUCAUCAACCAGCACUUGAUGAACGUUUAUGAGUUUGUGCCGUCUUCGAAGCAACUUGUGAAAAAGCUCUCGCUCAAUAUACCGGUGCCGAAAACUUCGUACUCAAUCGGACGUCUUUCGCCCGGCUCUGUCUACAAUGUCACUCUACAGGCGGGCACGAACUAUGGCUAUGGCACACUUGGAUGGGCGGUGUUCUCCACACUGAGCCAAACUGAAGAUGGCUUCAUUCUUAGACAGCGAAUGAAAACUCCUAACGCCCUUACAUUAACAUGGCCUUCACAGUGGUUGCCCACACCUACCUCCAGAUACACGAUCCGAGCCAAAACGCUCCAUUCACCGGACAAAGUCGAAAAGGAGAUCAUGAACAUGGGUGUUGGUGAAGUAGGGAAGACGCCAGAGUUCGUUCUUCGAAAUCUUCAUCCUGGCUCGACUUAUAACGUCUCCAUCACUACAGCUGCAGAAGCAAGUAAACCACGAAUGAUGAAGUGGGACGACGCCAGCCUCUACAAAACUGCGUGGAGUGUGUUCUCAACAUUGACCCAGGGCGAAUACGUCGUCUCCGAACCGCGAAUAGUUGUCGAAACCGACACUGCCGCCUCAAUCGUCUUCCAGCCUCUCAAGCACCUUGGAAAUGUUCACUAUCAGAUUCGUUACACGCCCAUCGAAGGUCCAUCGAUAGAGACGAAGGAAUACGAUGAGGACAGCCUGCUAUUCACGCUUCUUCUCGAUUCAUCAAGAAAUUCAGCUGUCGAAGUUUUGGCUGGCGAGGAUGUGAGAGCAAAAGUUGACGGCCAAUGGAAUAAAUGGACUCCGAUUGCAAGACGGCCAUGGAAUCUACUUGAAAGAGCAUGUUCGAUCAAUCCUCCACAACACUUCGUUGAUAACAUCGGAAAUCGGGAAUUCAUGCGCGAGGUGGACAUUUCCAUGCAAAGCGCUUCAUAUCACCCUUCCUUACAGUCGCCACAUCGACUAACGUCUUCUAUAGAUAUAACCAAAUUGGCUGAUAAAGCUGCAUCCGACUACGAUAACACACCUUACUACAUUACAGCCUCGCUAUCGCCUGAACAAGUGCAAGAAAAUAUCGACUUC